UGGACAUUGGAUCAUGAAAACCCGGCCCAUUUAACAAUAGCAUUCAAGUAAGCAGGUUUUCGUCUUCCACAACUCUUCCUUCCUACUCCCGCCGCUUUACCUCUGCAACUAACACAAGAACUCACUUGUCCGUCGUUCUUGCUUCUCCUCGCCGCCGUCUUCCUAGCCUCUCCUCUCCGCCUUCCUUGCUUAUCCUCGCCGUCGUCCUUGCUUCUCUUCGUCGCCGCCGUCAACAAGCCAUCACCAGUUCUAUCGAAUUUUCAGUAAAAGCAUCUCUUCUUAGCUGAUAACCGGAAGGAAGCAAAAGAAUGACUUCAGUGGCAUUGAAAAAGAACUAUCGUUGUGUUCAGUCAUUACAACAAUUUUACUCAGGCGGACCUUACACAGUCUCUUCCGAUGGAUCUUUCAUUGCUUGUGCCUGCAAUGACACCAUCACCAUAGUCGAUUCCUCCAAUGCUUCCAUUAAAUCCACCAUUGAAGGUGAUUCAGAGCCUGUUACAGCUCUUACCCUUAGUCCUGAUGACAAGUUCCUCUUUUCUGCCAGCCACAGUCGACAAAUUAGGGUUUGGGACCUCUCCUCCCUUAAAUGCCUGCGUUCCUGGAAGGGACAUCAAGGUCCAGUAAUGGGCAUGACAUGUCAUGCUUCUGGUGGAUUGCUGGCAACUGCUGGAGCAGAUGGUAAAGUUCAAGUAUGGGAUGUUAGUGGCUUCUGCACACAUUUCUUCAAGGGUCAUAAAGGGGUUGUGACCAGUGUUGUUUUUCAUCCUGAUCCCAAUCGUUUGCUUCUUUUUUCUUCAAGUGAUGAUACAACUGUAAGAGUUUGGGAUCUUACACUCAAGAAAUGUGUUGCAACUUUAGAGAGACAUCGAUCAACAGUGACUUCCAUUGCAAUAACAGAAGAUGGAUGGACUUUGUUGAGUGGUGGCAGAGAUCAGGUUGUAAACAUGUGGGACCUACAUGACUACAGUUGCAAGAUGAGUAUACCUACAAAUGAAGCAAUUGAAGCUGUAUGUGUUAUUGGCACUGCAUCUCCUUUUGUUUCAUGUCUGAGAGGAAAGAAAAUUGGUGAUUCUCCAGCAUUCCAAUAUCUUACAGUUGGUGAACAUGGAAUUGUUAGGAUAUGGAAUUCUCAUGGUGCAGUCUGCCUAUUUCAACAAUCAUCUUCUGAUGUUACUGUAAGCAAAGAAGAUGAAGAGGAAGCAAAAAGGGGUUUUAUAUCUGCAGUGAUGUUGCCAUCUAAUCAAGGGUUAUUAUGUGGCACUGCUGAUCAAGAAUUUCUCUUCUAUUCACCAAUUGAAACCCCUGAAGGAACUUUUCAUUUAAAUCUUGACAAAAGACUUGUGGGAUACAAUGAGGAGAUUGUGGACAUGAAGUUUUUGGGUGUUGAAGAACAGUUUCUUGCUGUUGCUACAAGUGUUGAACAGGUAAGAGUGUAUGAUCUUUCCUCCAUGUCAUGUUCUUAUGUAUUGUCAGGACACACAGACAUUGUGCUAUGUCUUGACACGUGUACAACUACCUCUGGAAGAACACUUAUUGUAACAGGAAGCAAAGAUAACACAGUAAGAUUAUGGGAUUCCAACAGCCAUUGUUGCAUUGGAAUUGGAAGAGGUCACAUGGGUGGCAUUGGAGCUGUUUCUUUUGCAAAAAAGUCACAAUCUUUUUUUGUUAGUGGUAGUAGUGAUCUUACCUUAAAGGUAUGGAGUUUAGAUGACCUUUCAGAUGAUGUAAACGAAGCAUUUAGUUUAAAAACUAAAGCAGUCACUGCAGCCCAUGAUAAAGACAUUAAUGCCCUUGCUAUUGCACCAAAUGACAGCCUUGUUUGUAGUGGUUCCCAGGAUCGAACAGCUCGCAUCUGGAAGCUUCCAGACUUGACACCUGGCGUUGUGUUAAAAGGGCACAAAAGAGGAAUAUGGUCUGUGGAAUUUUCUCCAGUUGAUCAGUGUGUAAUAACAGGAUCUGGAGACAAGACAAUAAAGAUUUGGGCCAUUUCAGAUGGAUCAUGUUUAAAAACAUUUGAAGGACACACAUCAAGUGUGUUCAAAGUUCAGUUUGUUACUCGUGGGGCCCAGAUUGUUUCUUGUGGUGCUGAUGGUUUGUUAAAGCUGUGGACUGUUAAGACAAAUGAAUGUGUUGCAACUUAUGAUCAACAUGAAGACAAGGUGUGGGCAUUGAGUGUUGGGAAGAAGACAGAAAUGUUGGCGACAGGUGGCAGUGAUGCUGUAAUCAAUUUGUGGCAUGAUUCCACUGCUGCUGAUAAAGAGGAUGAAUUCAGGAAAGAGGAGGAAGGUGUAUUAAAAGGGCAAGAGCUAGAAAAUGCAGUGUUAGAUGCUAAUUACACCAAAGCAAUCCAUCUUGCCUUUGAGCUUCGUAGACCACAUAAACUAUUCGAGUUAUUUGCCCAACUUUGCAGGAGGGAAGAUGCGAAAGAUGAGGUGAAGAAAGCUCUUGGUGUUCUUGGAAUGGAAGAACACAGACAAUUAUUGGAAUACAUUCGGGAAUGGAAUACAAAGCCAAAGCUAUGCCACAUUGCUCAGUUUGUUCUUCUUCACCUUUUCACAAUCCUCCCCCCCACAGAGAUAGUUGAGAUGAAAGGUGUUGGGGAAGUGGUUGAAGGGUUGAUCCCGUAUUCCCAAAGGCAUUACAGCAGGAUAGAUAGACUGGAAAGAAGCACAUACCUUUUGGAUUACACAUUGAAUGGAAUGUCACUCAUUGAACCAGAAACAGAUUUUUAUUUCGUCACCACUACUCCCCCUCGUCGCCACUUUUCGGCUACAAUUGAAAGAAGAACUCGCCGGCUGCUUUCAGGCAACCUUGAUGUGUUCAGAGUUGUAAAAAUGGUGAAGAUCCUCUUAACGGGCUCCAAGAAAAGACAAGAUCCACCUGAAAUAUUGGAGGUUCAACAACAAAAAAAGCAGAAAUUGGAUCAUGGUGUCAAGAUUGAGUGCUUAAAGAUUCUCAAAACAUUGAUGACCCAUAAAUUCGGACCCGUUUUCAAUCAACCCGUGGACCCUGUCGAGCUCGGUAUCCCUGAUUAUUUCUCGAUAAUCUCUCAUCCCAUGGAUUUGGGCACAAUUCAUAACAAAUUAGAAGACAAUAUCUAUUCUUUUCCUGAAUCAUUUGCUAAUGAUAUCAGACUUACAUUCUCAAAUGCCAUGCGAUAUAAUCCACCCAAAAACUCUGUUCAUUUGAUGGCAAAAGAGAUGAACGAUCUUUUUAACAAAAUUUGGAAAUCUGUUGAGCCAAAGUUGAUGAAACCAAGCAAAAAUGGUGGAGAAAAGGUGAAGAUUUGUAAACCGGUUAAAAAGCUAGGUGUUCAUGUUAGUGUUGGUGUAAAAGUAAAGAAAAGUGAAGAUAUAAUAAGUAAGGCUUCAAGUUGUUCAGAGGGGAAGACUUUGAUGACUUAUGAGGAAAAGAUGAGGAUUAAGAAGGAGUUAAUGGUGGCAUUGAGAGGUGAAAUCACUGGACCUUUGCGUGGUUUUUUAAGGAAAUAUGGUUUGAUUUAUUCAAGGAAAGAGAAGAUUGAGAGUGUUUUUAAUUCAUUUGGGGAUGAUACUUUAAUGGAGUUGAAAAGAUCCUUGAAAGGUUCUUUGUGUUUGAGUUUGGAAAAGGGCAAGGACGAUUGUGUAAAACCACAAUGGACAAAGGAAGCAUCUGAGAGACAAAAACUUGAAGAAAAGUCAAAUAUUGAAUCAAGAAUCAGAGCUGCUCGAGCUGCUAAAGAAGCCAUACUAGAAAGUGCAAAAUCCGAUUUGCAAAUGAAACGCGAUAAAGAAAGGGAAAGAGUAGAAAAGAUGGAAAGAACAGUAACCAUGGAUGACAACCUAACAGUUCUAAGGGAGCUUGAGAAGUUAUGUGAAAUUUCAGGGAUUAAAAACCCAUUGGAGAAACUUGGGCUAAGAUUGAAAGAAGAGUAUUAUUAUGGAUAUGAAUACAUUGAUGAUGAUGAUGAUGAUGAGUUAGAAGAUGGAGAGAUCUUUUGACCCAAAAAUGUUAGGAAUUUAUUGUUGCAAACACCGAAAAUGUGGGUAUUUUUGUGCGUUUGUGUGAGUGUUUCUCAAGUGAAAAAAGGGAAUAGGAGUGUAAAUGACGAAUUCUUUUGUCUGAGAAGGAAUGGGUUGUUUAGGUGGUGUUCUUGUAGUGAAUAUAUAUAUAAUAUUAUAUAUAAUAUAUAUUGCACAGGUGGUAUAUUUGCAAAGCUGGAAAAUGUGUAAUGUUGUUGAUUUGCUAAAGUGAU